CAAAACAAACGAGCGGAAAAAGUCCGGCCUCCGAUCCUCUCUCAUCGGUCACAACCACUCUUUCACCACCAUCCACCAUCUCCACUUUGCUCAUCCACAAGAUGGAUAAACGAACGGCAGAGAGUCCGAUGGACUUUGAAUGGCAGACCAGGGCCCCGGGGGAUGUAACCUCGCCCUUUUACCAGCUCAGCGUGCAACAUGACAACAAAAAACGCUCCCAUAGCACGUUCGAUUCCCCUGAGAAGAAAACAAUGCCCGCUCUGCGAGAGCCCAACUCCCAACCUUUCCUGUUUUCCCGACCCAAGUCGCAAGUUCCCGAAACCCCCAAGGCCUUCAACCCGUCCUUCAUGACCCCUCGCAAAUUCGAUGUCGACUUUUCAUCCGGCGCCGAGAACAUGUCCUCUCCGGAACAUGCCGAUAAUGAGGAUACUCCUGACCAGCCCAGCAAAUCCCACCGGAAUUCGCUAUACAGCAUGUACGGACGGUUUGCGCCCAGCCCGGGCCGUGGCGAAAUCCCUCGACUGAACCAUUACUCCAACGCGUUGGCGCGACGGGUGCAGAAAAGACGGCGGAGGGACAAGGCGCUGGAUCUACAACUACGGAGGGAUAGCGACGAUGAGAGUGACCGACCGAGCAGCAGUGAGCUCAAGCCCACCAAGCAGAGACAGAAGGGGCAAGGUCAGGAGGGCUCAACCGGGUCUCGGUUAACUUCGUUUUCGGAUUUCUUUGCUCUACUGGAGGCACACCCCAACGUCCCGAGCAUUCUGUCAUGGUGGGCACAACUGGUGGUGAACCUGUCGCUGUUCUCGCUGGCGGUAUAUGUGGUCUUUGGAUUUGUGUCGGCGAUCCGGUCGGAAUUCGAGCAGGCGGCUGAAGAGGAGUCGGAUACCAUCCUGGCCGAGAUGGCGGCGUGCGCGAAGAGCUACGUCGACAAUCGAUGCGCUGGGGGCGAUCGACUACCUGCUCUGGAGACGGUGUGCGAGAACUGGGAGCGGUGCAUGAACCGGGACCCGGCCAAGGUGGGACGAGCCAAGGUGUCGGCACACACGAUGGCGGUGAUUAUCAACAGCUUUGUUGACCCUAUCAGCUGGAAAGCAAUUAUGUUUUUCCUUGCUACCAUUUCGACCGUCACCGUUGUCAGCAACUGGUCCUUCCGUUCAUUCCGCAACCGCCUUCACCAACACGACUACUCCGCCAGCUACUCCCGACAGCCGUCCGGACAGCAUCCGAUUGCACCGCCGCAAUUUCCGUACCAGCACAACGCGUUUGGAUACAUGGCGAACCAGGAGGGUGCGAAGCCGGAGGCACCGUUGAUGCUGGAGCAGUCGCAAACGCGAGACUUUGUGUCGGAACGGACGCGCGAGCGGGAGUCUCGUCUGCGCACGCCCAGUCCAUCCAAGCGGAUGCGAUAGAGUCUGACACGGCGUUGCACAUUAUUGCUUGGCGAGAAAAAGGCUGGAUAUGGAGUUGUGGUGGUUCUUGUAUAUACGUAAUCAGUAAGAAUGGAAUGUUCUCCAUUAUGCGGUCUCCGACCGUGCGUAAAUGACCGUCGAUGACGUCUGCCACGACGACGGCCUCCGCAGCCACCGCGUCGGCCCAGCUUCGUGCAACGCGACAAGCAGGAGUUCUGCACUGAUGGCAGCGGGGCUGAAUGUGCCCGAUCAGGGGUAGUCGUGGCCUCAUGCUGACGUAUUGCAGUCUGUCGAAGAUAUUAUCG